CGCCUGCGCUGUACUUUCAUUCGAGGAAGUGGUAGAAGAGGCAACUCAAACGACGUAGAAGAGUUUGUUGCUUAUUCCCUGUUCAGAGAGGACAAACCGGCCCGCAGCCUUUUCAAAAUGUCGGGAUUUGAUAGCAACCCGUUCGCAGAGCCUGCCAACGACAACCCUUUCAAUGACCCUUCGGUCACACAAGUGACCACCUCCAACAUAGAGCCAGUGGACCAGUACAACCCUUUCCCUGCCCAUCCCACAGACAACCUAGCUUCUCAUACCACUCCAGCCUCCACCGCUCCCUACCAGCCUGCUGUGUUACAGCCGUCUACAGAGCCCAGUCCGCAGGCGACUGCUGCUGCAGCUCAGGCCAAUCUGCUGAGGCAGCAGGAAGAGCUGGAGAGAAAAGCUGCCGAGCUGGACCGCAGAGAGCAGGAGAUACAGAGCAGAGGCCCCACAGGUAAAGAGAACAACUGGCCUCCACUUCCCAAGAGCUUCCCAAUUAAACCAUGUUUCUAUCAGGACUUCUCAGAAGAAAUCCCCCCAGAGUCCCAGAGAGUCUGCAAGAUGAUAUACUAUCUCUGGAUGUUCAACUGUGUGACUCUGUUCCUCAACCUGCUGGCCUGUUUGGCCUUCUUCACUACUGAAACGUCCUAUGGUGUGGAUUUUGGUCUCUCCAUUCUCUGGCUCAUCCUCUUUGCUCCCUGUUCCUUCCUCUGCUGGUACCGGCCUAUCUACAAGGCCUUCAAGACUGACAGCUCCUUCAGCUUCUUCUUCUUCUUCUUUGUGUUUUUCUGCCAAGUGGUGAUCUUCAUCAUCCAGUCUGUAGGCAUCCCCAAGUGGGGCAACAGUGGUUGGAUCACUGCCUUCACUGCCAUGAGUACAAACAAAGCCGUGGGAGCCAUCAUGAUUAUAGUGGCCAUCCUCUUCACCAUCUGCGCUGUGCUGUCAGUCAUCCUGCUCAAGAUGGUCCACAGCAUAUACCGCCGGACCGGGGCCAGUUUCCACAUGGCGCAGCAGGAAUUCUCGCAGGGCGUCUUCACCAGUAGAACCUUCCAAACAGCUGCUGCUGGAGCAGCAUCCUCCGCUGCACAGGGAGCCUUCCAGAGAAACUAACUAAUGGAAGACCGAGAGAAGCUCCAUUUAACAGGUCAUGGUCUAUAUGUUAUCAGGUCUAGAUGAUUCAGUAAAAAAAAAAAAAAAAGGGUAAAAUGAAUCAGGAA